CACGGAGGGACGUAGCUGCCAACAAGCAACAGACACCCGGCUCUUGUGAUCUUCCCAUUCACGAAUCCAUUCCAUGCCAUUGUCAUUGCAAUGUAAAGCCGUUCUCUUCUGACUGGAGGAGGCAGGCUCCAAUCAACUGCUGAGGCACAUCUGCUCUCUUCAUGCAAGAUCUUUCUGUUACGAACCCAUUGCCACACUUGCUCUUUUUCAUCAGUCUCUUUUGAUCUGCCUUCUCUCUUUGUGCUUUUCAUUGUCCCUCUGAAACCGGACGGCUUUUCGGUCUUUUCAUGCGACUUGGGUCUUUUUUGGGGGCUGUCAUUGUGUUUGGUUCUACACGGAAUGACAACUGCUUUUCAGAGGGGGUGAGGAAUACAUGAAGCCAUCACUAACUGGAAAGCUCCUUGAGAAAUCGUAAAGAACCUUUGUUGUCAAGUUUCUUCAAAGACUUGCUUCUUUAAACCCCUUUAGAUUUGCCUCCUCACACACUAUACGGUAGGAAAUUUCUACUUUUUGUCCAAGCAGUAAAACUAGUUUUAACUGGAUACAGCCAUGAAGGGAGACUCGGAAGACAGUAUUGAAAGCACUAGGCCAUCCAACUUGCAGGUUUUUGCCAACAGCUCUACAUUACAUGGCAUGAGUCACAUUUUUGCAUAUGGGCACAUGACAUUUCGUCGGUUUCUUUGGACACUGUCCUUCAUGGGCUCUUUGGGUCUUCUGAUGUUUGUGUGCAUGGACCGAGUUUACUACUAUUUUGACUUUCCCCACGUCACCAAACUGGACGAGGUUGCGGCACCCAACCUCACCUUUCCAGCUGUUACCUUCUGUAACCUCAAUGAGUUCCGUUUCUCUAAGAUCUCCAAGAACGAUCUGUACCAUGUCGGGGAGUUGCUGGCUCUGCUAAAUGAGAACUAUCAGAUAGCAAACCCGCACUUGGCUGAGCCAGAAGUUCUUGCUUUACUGAAAGAGAAGGCUAAUUUUGCCAACUUCAAGCCCAAACAGUUCAACAUGACAGAUUUCUACAACCGUACAGGCCAUGAUAUCAACGACAUGCUCUUACAGUGCACCUUUAGAGGGGAAGAAUGCUUCCCUCUGAACUUCACCACAAUUUACACAAGAUAUGGGAAAUGUUACACAUUCAACUCUGGUCUAGAUGGAAACCCAUUGCUGACGACUUUAAAAGGCGGAACUGGAAACGGGCUGGAAAUCAUGUUGGAUAUUCAACAGGAUGAGUACUUGCCCGUUUGGGGUGAUACAGAUGAAACGUCAUAUGAAGCAGGCAUCAAAGUUCAGAUCCACAGCCAGGAUGAACCACCCUUCAUUGAUCAGCUGGGAUUUGGAGUGGCCCCUGGUUUUCAAACUUUUGUGUCUUGUCAGCAACAACUGCUUCAAUAUCUUCCUCCGCCGUGGGGCGACUGCAAAUCCACCCCGAUGGACUCUGAAUUCUUCUCCACAUACAGCAUCACGGGCUGUCGCAUUGACUGUGAGACCCGCUAUCUGUUAGAGAACUGUAAUUGCAGAAUGGUGCAUAUGCCAGGCACCUCUACUGUCUGUACACCAGAGCAGUACAAAGACUGUGCUGAUCCAGCUUUAGAUUUUCUAGUGGAGAAGGACAAUGAUUACUGUGUUUGCGAGACUCCUUGCAACAUGACUCGUUAUGGUAAAGAGCUGUCCAUGGUGAAAAUACCCAGCAAGGCCUCUGCUAAAUAUCUCGCCAAGAAGUUCAACAAGACAGAACAGUAUAUCGGGGACAACAUAUUGGUUCUGGAUAUAUUUUUUGAGGCUCUGAACUAUGAGAAAAUUGAACAAAAGAAAGCAUAUGAAGUUGCUGGAUUACUUGGCGAUAUUGGUGGACAGAUGGGUCUGUUUAUAGGAGCCAGCGUCUUAACAAUAUUGGAGAUAUUUGAUUACUUGUAUGAGGUUUUUAAGGACAAAGUACUGGGUUAUUUUCUACGCAAGAGACAGCCACAUCGGAGUGCUAGUGACAAUCUGGAUUUCCCAGAGAAUUCCACCAGCCCUGGUGUCACGCCUAACCAUGUCCCCAGCUUUCAAGAUGGAGAUGAUGUUUUGCAGAAGUUCAGAGCACAUGCGACACACUCCGGAGUCACUCGGACAGUCUCGGAUUCGCGCCGAACGUGCUACCUAGUCACUCGACUAUAGGCAACUUUGAGGAAUUCGCUUGUUGAUGGCACAGUUGGCGGGAACCCGACGGGACAGUUUAGGGUAUGACGGAAAACUGUGAAAUAUCUGAUAGACUCCAAAAGAAGUGUAAGUUCACCAAAAUGUAUGUUAAUUAGAUGACAUAAAUAAUCUAUCAACUACUGAAUAGAAGUAUAUAUUAUCAUGAAAUACAAAUAGUCAACACUUCCAAAACAAAACUCAGGUUUUAUGAACAUACUGUAGCUCAACAUCACAGCCACUGUUUGUUUGACAUUGUGAAAAUGCUGGUAGAUGUCAUGCCAUAUCUUUCAAACGAUGUAAAACAUACAAAUACUGUGACAGUAUUUCAUCCAAGAGAGAAUUUUGUGCUUUGACUACUGUAUGAACACUGUGGGCCUAAUUUGAUCAAGCCGCCUUUAACAGAUAUAGAAAGCAUUUUAAUAUUGCACAAAAGUUGUUAUAAAUACAGUUGGCUCGGCCAAGGUUAAAAUCUUUUUUUUUUUUUUUUUACAAUAAUCGUGAGCUUUAACUAUGAACUUGCUGCGGUUUGACUAAAUUCAGCCCUGUGAUAGUACUCAAAUGUGUAAUCAUUAAGAAUGUUUGUCUCUAUUCAUAUUUUGUGUAUAUUAGUGCAAUAAUAUGCAUAAUGAAUAUCGUAUAUUACCUUCAAGUCUUAAUUAUUAGCUGUCAGGAAAACAGACAGAUGCUUUCAAUACAACCUGAGUGACCAGCAAAUUGCUUAUUCUCAGUGUUUGAUUUUGACAGGCUAAUAUUAUGCUAUUUAUCUAUUUGUUUCAACCUCACUAGACAGUGACAAGACAGGACGUUGAAUGAUAUUUACAUUUAUGAAUCAUGCGUUUUAUAAGUGUGAGGUUCUCAUGGAAGCUUCACUGUCUGGAUUCAUUCAAAUCCAAAGCUAUAAUGUAUUGAAUACAAGAAUUGAGUCUGUUAAUCAAAUUGUUGUAACUACAUGGUUUCAUGAGAGCUGGUUCAUUAUUUAAGUGGCAAAGACUGUAAGCAAUGUAUUGAUGUAGAAAUUCUAUCAACAUAGUCAUGGAAGAGCUCUUGAAGAGUUAUACACUCAUAUCUCAUAUUUGCAAAGCAUGAGCACUUCAGCAUUAAAGGGAUAGGUCACCCAAAAAUAAAAAUGCAGUCAUUGUUUACUCACCCCUGUGUUGUUAUAACCCCAUAUGGCUUUCUUUCUUUUUCUUAACACA